AUGACCAGUAUUCUGCAUUCAGAUCUCAGCGGCCACCUAGCACUAAUCACUGGUUGUACUGGUGGUAUUGGUGCCGCUACAGCUACGAGCCUAGCCUCACUAAAUUGCAACAUCGCCGUGCACUACAAUGCCGCUGUGGACAAAGCACAACAGCUCGUCUCCAAGCUUGAGAGCGUAGGGGUGAAAGCUAUGGCCUUCCAAGCUGAUCUAUCGUCCUAUGAUGAAACACGUCGACUACACAGUGAGGUGGUCGACAAAAUCGGCCAUCCGACUAUUCUGUUCAACAACCACGGCAUCACAUUGAAAUCAGGCGUGAAGGAUAUCAGCGAGAUCAGCAUCGAGGACUUCGAGAAGACCUGGCGGACAAAUUGCGGAACUUCAUACUUGUUGACCCAGUUGUGUCUUCCAGCCAUGGUGGAAAAAGAGUUCGGAAGGAUCAUUUUCUGUUCUAGUGUUGCUGGCCUUACUGGAGGCAUCAUCGGUCCGCACUAUGCUUCCUCCAAGUCGGCUCUCCAUGGGCUCGUCCAUUGGCUCGCAAGCACGUACUCGAAGAAGGGCAUCACAGUCAACGGUGUGGCGCCGGCCUUGAUCACGGAUACCACAAUGCUUCCUGGAAGUCCCGAGGCACUCACUGCCAAGAUUCCGAUUGGGCGUCUAGGUAAGCCGGAGGAGAUUGCUGAGACAGUUUUGUGGAUGGUCAAGACUGGGUAUGUCACAAACAAAGUGAUCGCUGUCGACGGAGGUAUGUUUGUGCAAUGA